AUGGAACCUGAAAAUGUGUCUGUAAACAAAAGAAAGACGACUGAAGAUGAGUCGUCAGCUAUACUUUUUUAUAUAAAUUAAUAUUUUUUAUUUUUUUUUAAUAAAAAACUUAAUUAAUAGAAAAAAUUAUAAAUUCCCUGAGCCUGAUAAAAGGCAAAAAAACAGCGAUGACGCUUAUGAGCAAUAUUGGGCUAAGUGAAGAAAGCAGGAACAUGAACAGAUUGAGAGCAUAAAAAAUGAAGGGAAAAAUAAAGACGAGGAUAAAGAAAAAAUCGAUGAAAAUUCAGAAAAAAAAGAAUUAGAAGAAAUACAGAAAAUCUUGCAGAAUGCUUUGGCAAUUAAGGAUCAAGGAAAUGAGAAAUUUAAAAAUAAAGAUUAUAAUGAAGCCAUUAAAAAGUAUAAUGAAGCUAUUGAUGCUGCACCUCAGGGACUUUUUAAAAGGCAUUUGAAAGAUUAGGUUAAAUUUUAGAAGGUUUUAGGGGUUUAUUUCAGCCCCUUGAUGAUUCAUCGCAGGCUGCAGGCUCAAGUGGACUUAGUCAACUUGUGUUACGCCACGCCCUUUUCCUGCCGAGGUCACCCAAUCUUUUGGAGACUCACGUGAUGUUUGUGCCUAGAUCUGAUUCUUGCAGCUCUGACUCCCUUCAACCCCUGUUAGGAUAUGGGUAAAACGUUUUGUGCCCUUUCGGACUAUCAGCCUGAUACAGAAACAAAUUUGCUUCCCAGAAGUUUGAGUUGGGCAUGCGCAUUUGUAUGUUGUCUGCUGCUCAAGAAAAACAAUCCUGCAGUCCCAAAUAGAUAAAAAACUCACCCCGGACCUCCUAAAAGAAUAGUAUCCACUCACCUAAAGCUGAGAUCAACUCACCAGUCUUCCUGGACCUAUUCAUCAAUCACCAUUUUUAAAAAUUUCAUUUGAAAGAAGAAUACGAGAAAUUCAAAUUGUCGAUAAUAAAUAAUCUGACACUUACGUUUGUUAGGGCAGAAUAUUGGGAAUAUGCAAAAAUGCAGAGUGAAGAAGGGUUGAAAUUAUUUCCAAAUAAUCCCAACUUUUCCUUUAUAAAUAAGCAUUUAUUUGGAUGAAAAUGAUUUCUAGUAAAAAAUAAUUUUUUAUAUGAUUUUGUAUGGCCAAUAAAAACAAGUUUUUUCUAUAAAGAAAAAUUUUUAAUGAGCUUAUUUUACUAUAACUUAGAUAAAUUUUUCCUUCUACUAAGAAAAGUAAGCUAAAAUAUUAUUUGGGAGCAUCAUUAUGCCAGCUAGGAGAAUAUGAUAAAGCCAUAAAAGUAUUGAAACAAGCUAAAAACCUAGAGCCAAACAAUAAAGAUGUUACUAAAAAGCUUGAAGAUGCAAUUAAAGCGAAAAAUGAUUAUGAUGCUGAAAUGAGAAAAAUGUUCGGAGGCAAGCUUGAAGUCAAGCCUGAGCAAGAAAUAAAAGCGCCAGAAGUCAAGCCAAAGCAAUGGAACUGGACAAAAGUUAUUACGGUAGUUGCAGCUGCAGCAUUAGUUGGAGGAAUUGCAGUUGCUGCAUAUAAAAAGAGUAAAGGAUAA